AUGACCAUCAGAAAUGUACGGGAUCAUGGACAGAGGUUCCGACCGAGGAUGGCAUGUCUCAAAAAGGUGGAGGCUGUGAUGCUGGAGAUGCAGGAUCCAAAGACUGGAGUCAAGUCACAACCCCAGAAACUGGUUAUCACUACUAUACCACAUGCUAUCACAGGUGAGGAUGUCGUGACAUGGCUAGCCAACCGUUACACUAUAGAGGCAGAAGAGGCGUGGGCUCUGGGCACCAUGUUGGUGGCGUUUGGGUACAUCUAUCCCCUCCAGGAUCAUAAACGACUAGUCAUCAAACCAGACACAGCCCUCUACCGCUUUCAGACACCAUACUUUUGGCCGGCCCAGCAGUGGCCUGUAGAGGACACCGACUAUGCAAUCUACUUGGCCAAGAGAAACAUCCGCAAGAAAGGAGUUCUAGAGAUGCAUGAACAGGAGCAGUAUAACGGUCUUCACAAGUGGAUGAACCAUAAGUGGGACUUCAUUGUGAUGCAGGCUAAAGAACAGUACAGGGCGGGGAAGGAGAGGAAGAAGCCUGAUCGUGCAGUAUUUGACUGCCAGGAGAGAGCCUACUGGGUUGUACAUAGACCUCCGCCAGGGACUGUCAGUGCAAUGGACUACGGACUAGAACGCAUGGUAGACCCCAACGCAGAGGAGAAAGAAACUUCAGACUUCUUCAGAAGAAUUAUGAUUUUUACCCAGCAGUCCAUCAUGAGGCCGAGGGUCAAGUCGUCUGUCUCUAUCGGAGCUCUGGUGAAAUACUCCAUCACCUGUAAUAAGCACGACCCUUUCCUAGCCCCCUGUCUCCCUAGCAACCCCUGGGUCACCGAUGAUGUCACCUACUGGUUGCUCAACAUGGCCAAUGUGGAUAUUCCUACUAAGAUGCGUGUGGAGAGGUGGACGUUCAGUUUCGGGGAGCUGCUCUCUGACCCUCGAGGCAGAGAUGACUUCAGACUCUUCCUCAAGAAGGAGUUCAGCGGUGAGAACCUGGCAUUCUGGGAGGCAUGUGAGGAUCUGAAGUGGGGAACGGCUGCUACCAUGAACGAGAAGGCCCAGCAGGUCUACAAGACUUUCUUGGCGCGUGGCGCCCCCCGGUGGAUCAACAUUGAUGGGAAGACCAUGGAAGUGACGGUUAAAGGGCUGAAACACCCUCACAGAUACGUACUGGAUGCAGCUCAGACACACAUCUUCAUGCUGAUGAAGAAGGACUCUUAUGGGCGGUACCUGAAGUCUCCAGUGUUUAAGGACACUCAGAAGAGGGCCAUCGGUCCUGAUCAACACAGGUUCAGUGUGUCCCAGUUGGAGGCCAAUGCGAGGAAGCGUCGUCCCAGCAUCAGUCCCAUCAUCGUCCGCCAGCAGGAGAAGGAGGAGAGAGCCAGGAUGGCCACCAGUGGUCCUGUGGACAUCACACAGGUCAUGAGUAAACUCAGCAACAAGGGCAAGGAGGUGCCCCCACCCAAAAAAUAGACCACAGACAUACUCACAUGCAUUGACAUAAAUAUACACACUUCUAGAAGCACAACUACACACACACACACACACACACACACACACAUAGGCUACACACCCAAUGAAAACGAAGCAGCGUUGUUGCUAUCUUUAUAAAUAGUUUGGAGGAAUUUCUAUGAACUGUAUACUAGAAGAACAGUAAUGUCUGACUGUCCACAGACCGUUACAUGUAAAGUUAGUGUUUUCUGUUCACAUUAUUCUAGAAAAUCAUAGUACAUGUCACAGGAGAUAGUGUUUUAGUCUUGAUGGUAUGUUCACCUGCGUCUCACCGGUAUCUGCGUCUCUCACCUCUCUUUCAAUGUCAUCAGCUCCAUGUUCCACCUAUAGGGACAUAUCUGGGUUGUUCCACCAAUAGAGUGCCUUUUAUGUCCUUCAGACAUUGUGUGUACAUAAACCACGGUAAACAAUGCCAAUAGCAGUGUUUUCUCAUUCAAAUAAAUUGUGUUUUAAUUGAAAAUUCUAAUUUUGGCAUGUCGCAAGUCAUGUUUGUCCAACUUCUAGGAAGAUUUUAACCCACUUAACCCCAAGAUCUUCCCCAAAAUUUUCACCAUCAGUCCUAGUUCUUUUGCUGCUUAGGGAAAGAUCUUAUUUAAUGUGAUUAAUUAAAUUUACAUUUGAAGGGUUUAUUUCCAAAAUGCUAUAUCCACCAAUUUUUCACAUUUUGUGUUUUUGUUUCAUCAGAAAUGGUUGCUUAUGGGAGCCUUCCUGUGUCUACAAUAUUACUGUUCUAAGUUGUUUAAUUAAUAGAUAAAAAAAGAGUUUUGCCAUACGGUAUAAAUCCAUUAUUUAGCUGGAAUGAAAUGUUCGUAUUCUGUAUUUGACUGUGAUAGGUGGUUGUCUCACCUAGAUAUCGUAAGAUAAAUUGACUAGCUGUCAAUCGCUCUGA